CAGAGUUACUGUGGAUUUUAGGAGACUCGGUUACAGAUUUCAGGAAUUUCUGAUUCAUUCAAAGGAUUUGCAAAUUCAACACUCACUGAAAACUAAAGCAAAAACAGCCUGAAUUAGGGUGCGAGGACAUGAGUCUUCUCGGCCGACUACGGAUCCUUUUCUUCUUCUGGGGAGUCACCGUGCACUGUCAGUAUGAGACCUACCGGACAGAUGAAGACUACGAUGAAGAGAGCGACGAUGAGUACCCGCCAGUCUUUUACUUUCACUCCGAUGGAGAUCGCGGGGUUCCCUCUCACCCUCUUGGCUGUGCCGCAGAAUGCUUCUGCCCCCCGACCUUCCCAUCGGCCAUGUACUGCGACAACCGGAAGCUCAAGACGAUCCCCAAGAUCCCGAUGCACAUUCAACAGCUCUACCUCCAGUUCAAUGAAAUCGAAGCCGUGACGGCACAGCCAUUUGCCAACGCUUCUAACUUGAAAGGAAUCAACCUGAGCCAUAAUCGAAUCAAGUCUCACAAGAUUGAACACGGCGUCUUUGGCGAGCUUUCUAAUCUCUUACAACUGCAUUUGGAGCAUAACGAGUUAGCAGAGUUCCCAUUUCCACUUCCUAAGUCUUUAGAGAGCCUUCUUCUUGGCUACAAUGAGAUCUCCAGAGUGGAGGCCAACGCCAUGGAAGGAUUACUCAAUCUGACCGUGCUGGACCUCUGCCACAACCAGCUUCACGACUCUCUAUUAAAAGAGAAACUUUCCAAAAUGCGCAAAUUGAUGCAACUCAAUUUGUGUAGCAACAAUUUACAGUCAAUGCCUCUUGACUUACCUUCGUCACUUAUGCAUCUAUCUCUAGAAAAUAAUUCCAUUUCUCUCAUACCAGACAAUUACUUCCAAAAAUUUCCCAAGCUUCUUGCUCUAAGAAUAUCAUACAACAACCUGCAAGAGAUCCCACAUGAUAUUUUUAAUAUUUCCAGCCUUGUAGAGCUCAACGUUGGGCAUAACAAACUGAAGCGAGUGUUCUACAUACCCAGAAACUUGCAACAUCUCUACAUGGAAGACAACGAAAUCGAAUAUAUAAAUGUCACCCUGAUGUGUCCAUCCAUGGACCGGAUACAUCAUCACCACUUAACCUACAUCCGCCUGGACCAAAACAGGCUGAGAGAACCCAUAAGCUCCUACGUUUUCUUCUGUUUCCCCUACAUGCACAGCAUUUACUAUGGGGAACAAAGAAAACCUGACGGGCAGACGGUGCUGCUGAAGACACAAGUGUUCCGCAGGUUUCAGGAUGAAGAAGAAGAAGAAGAACAAGAAGGAGGCGAUGGAGGAGAGGAGCCUGAGGGGCCGGAGCAGGGAAGAACAGAAGAGAACUUUGAUCCUUACUUCUAUUAACUGCAGUAGCUUUACAUUUCUGCUUGACUCAAGCUUCAUAGCCCUUCCAGAUGUCACUGAGCACUAACAAAUAAAUAGA